GGAGACCAGUCUCACGGCUCUCUCUUGGUGGAAAGACUGCGACGGAGCGAGAUCGUUCUGCAUUCACACCGCUCACUGCAAUGGAGGAAUCAAGUAGUUGACGUUUCCUGCAACCUUCUCUUUUUAAGCUUUCUUCCGUCUGAUCACUGUGCUCCGAAGUGAAGUGACCGGUUCUGGUUUUUAUUCAUACGAUUUUUCUCCGUGACCUUUUUCUGAGUUUUCCCGAAAUAUGAAGUACAUCAUCGGCAUUGGCGGGGUAACUAAUGGAGGGAAAACCACCCUCACCAACAGGCUCAUCAAGAACUUGCCCAACUGUUGUGUGGUACAUCAGGAUGACUUCUUCAAGCCCCAAGAUCAGAUUGAAGUUGGUGAAGAUGGCUAUAAGCAGUAUGAUGUCAUUACUGCUCUGGACAUGGACGCCAUGAUGAGUACAAUUUAUGGUUGGAUGGAGAACCCAGUGAAGUUUGAGAAAUCGCAUGGCAUUAACAACAACCUGGAUACCGAGAUACUUCCUGAGGCUGACCGUAAGGAGGAGGAGACUCACAUCCUUAUUGUGGAAGGCUUCCUGCUUUACACCUACGGACCUUUGAUCGACGUACUGAACCAACGUUAUUUCAUUUCCAUUCCAUACGAAGAAUGCAAAAAGAGGAGGUGCUACAGGAACUACACGGUGCCAGACCCGCCCGGUCUGUUUGAUGGCCAUGUCUGGCCCAUGUAUUUGAAACACAAGAACAUCAUGGAGGAGUCAGAAGUUGAUGUUGUGCAGCUAGACGGAACUAAGUCGAAGGAACAAUUGUACAACUUUGUCUACGGAGACAUCCUGAACCACAUCCAGGAAAGUCUGUGAUCAACAAAGGUCAAAUGAUCGGCUAAGAGCAUAUAUUCAGCCUGCUCAAGGAAGAUCGGCUUGCCUUAACUGUUUAUACCUGGCAGCUUAUUUAGCAGACUGCUAAAACUUUUCUAUACAUAAAUUAUUAACCUGGCAACAUCAAAUGCUGCCACGAUUUUAUACCUGCCAUAUUUAUUGCUUCAUCAGGCUAGAAUGAAUUGAUGGAAAAGUUUUGAGGAUGGUUGCACAUAUCAAUAAAUGAUCUUCCUGCCAA